UUAGUGCUGAUCACUCCACUUGCAACUAGAUCAAUUGACCUGGCACCCCAGCCACCGCAGCCUUGAUCAGUUUCUUGGUCCUGGGACCUAUGUUGUUGCUCCUAAUGUUUACAUCUUGCCUCUCAGCCUGGGCUUUGGUCCUUCUAUGUAUCUCCCGAUGAAAGUCGUGUGGCCAUUAGAGCUUGACAAGCUAAUCCAUCGACACAUCGUCUACCCUUGGCCUCCAAUACCUGGAUCAACCUCUGCGAAUGGUACAGAGUUGUACCAUGCAGUUCUUCCUGUCGUACUAGCCUCAACAGAUGGGGCUCAGUGGCAGUUAGAUGCACACCUUACACUGCUCGUCAACGAGCAUUUCCAGUCAUUUCCUCUAUAUCAGAGCCCCCUGAAGGUGCUGAGCAAUAUCUACCACUUUUAUGUGCAAAUAGGCAGACCUGUCAUCCUAUUAGUUGCUCUCAAGUUCCUUGUGCUCACACACAUGGCUGACGGCGCCGUUAUCCCGGUCUCAGACCAGAAUGUCCGUAGCAUCAUUCGUGGUACCUUACACUCUGUUGACUCCAGCCUCGCGGCUUGUCCAACUCCUUGCUUCGUCCGUGGCCAGCUUGGUGCCGAAGUCCCAGUCCUUGCCUCCAAACUUCUUCGAAACCUGCUCACCCGUCUCGAGCGUAUUGCACUCAGCCGUCAAUGCAACCAAUGGCCCGUCGUCCUGGCAUCGAUGGCAGUGCUCUUGAUGGCCAUGGAAAGCAUCCACUACAAGGCUGCAAAGGAGGAGUAUCACGCUCACAUGAAAGACCGGAAGAACAUCGACCCAAUGCCUGCCAUGCGACGUAACUUCUCCACCACAUCUAACAUCUCCACAUCCUCGACCUCCUCCUCCUCCUUCUCCACAACUGGUCUAUCAACACCCCACAGCAGCGUCGUCGACAUCAACGACGGCGCCAUCAACGCCAUCCUGCGCUUCUACCGCAACUGCUUCGGCGGCUGCCACGAGAAACUCGCCUUGCCUGCCCAGCCCGUACACCCAGCCCCCCUCGUCCCAACAAUCUCGUCUUUCCAUUCCCUCCGCCCUACUCACCACCAACACACCUACUCGUUUGGUGACCUAGUGCAGGGAGCCGCCCAUGCCCCUGCCCCUAUCGCGCUGUCCGCAGCGUCCGCACCACAGGCCAGAGUCGACGACAGCGCUACUGCCGAGGCCAGCUUCGUGAGUGGUGUGCGCAGCGCCCUCGCUGACGCGCGAGAGUAUCUCGGCGAGCGGAAGACGGAGAAAGGGACUGACAUGACUGGGUUUUUCGACCGCUUGCUCGCGAGACUUUUCGUCUGAGGACGUUGCCUCUUACCCCUUUUCCACCUUUACUCUUUUCCGCAAUCAAGUCUGUUGUUACUAGCUUUCUGAACAGGGUUCGGCAGUGCUUUUUCUUUUUUCUCGGCGUGUGCGGUUGUGCUGUCUUACUCGUUCUCUCCCCCGUUACCCCCUUUUUCUUUG